GGGACGCUGAGGAGGCGCUGUGGGGGGCUGCUCUACCUUACCGUACUUUACCCUGUGGACCGAAGUGGACCUGACCUGACUGCACCGGGCCGGAGCGAAGUGGGGACGGACGGUGCCAUACUGGCGACGCCGGCUGGAUCUAACUUUACCUCAGACGGCGCCGGCGAGCAGCAGCAGCACCGCGAAGGCGCGAACACCAGAGCAGAAGCGCCGCUGUGUGUUUCCACGACGUCUCGGAGGUUUCUGCCACAAUGACCACCCCACAGAAGAACGGUUCAGGGGACCGUUGGAAAAUCAACAAACACUCCACAGAGAGGUGACUGAAAAACUAUGCUGCCCGAAUUUGAGUAUGUCUGAAUGCCACGAUGAAUUUGAGCCACAGUACCACAGACCCCAGCAUAUACUCUUCCCACAGUGCCCCUGGAAUGAGGCCCUACCAAGAUACCUCUGCCCCUGCCAGAUCUCCGUGGGUGAGGCAGCAGAGCGAGGUUGAAAAUUACUCCCUGUACAGCGAGAACAAGAGUAUGACAGACCUGUACAAUGCGACUGUCGCUCCCACUUCUGCGUACAGUCCUCUGGGUGGCCACACGGUCUGGCAGGUCAUUCUCAUCGUCUUCUUCACCGGGCUUCUGUCCCUCGUAACCAUCAUUGGCAACAUCCUGGUGUUGGUUUCCUUCAAGGUGAACAAGCAGCUCAAGACGGUGAAUAACUACUACCUGCUCAGCUUGGCAUUUGCCGAUCUCAUCAUCGGGAUCAUCUCCAUGAACCUCUACACCACGUAUCUCAUCAUGAACCAGUGGGCACUAGGAAAUUGGGCUUGUGACCUGUGGCUCGCCAUAGACUACGUGGCCAGCAAUGCCUCAGUCAUGAACCUGCUGGUGAUCAGCUUCGACCGGUACUUUUCAGUGACCCGACCCCUCACGUACCGGGCCAAAAGGACCACAAAAAGAGCCGUGACAAUGAUAGUUCUGGCCUGGUCAAUUUCGUUUGUGCUCUGGGCACCUGCCAUCUUGUUCUGGCAGUAUUUUGUGGGAGAACGCACUGUGCCACCAGGAAAGUGCUACAUCCAGUUUCUGUCAGAGCCCAUCAUUACCUUCUGCACGGCCAUCGCUGCCUUCUACCUGCCCGUCACCAUCAUGUCUGUGCUCUACUGGAGGAUCUACAAGGAGACAGAGAACCGGUCCAAAGAGUUGGCAGGUCUCCGGGGCUCCGGGAACCAGGGGGAACCGGCUGGCGUCACCCCCCAGACUGGGAGCUCCAGGAGCUGCAGCAGCUAUGAGCUGAACCGCUCGCGCUCCAAGAAGAGCUCAGCCCGGAGGAUAAUGGGCCGUUUCCGGCUUUGGACCACCACAAAGUCUGGGAGGCACGGCAACGAGGGUGAGCCAGAGCACAGCAGCAGCGAUAGCUGGAACAACAACGAUGCCGGUGCUUCCAUGGACCAGUCGGACUCGGACGAGGAGGAGGUGCCCGAGAGCCGCGCCAUCUAUUCCAUUGUCCUCAACCUGCCCGGCAUGAAGGCCGCCGCGAGCUCGAAACUCACCUCCUCCGACCACCUCAACCUGUCGGAGGACGACCCGCUCAAUGGGCAAAAGAGCGGCAGCGAGAGGGCCCUGGCCAAGGACACCUCCGACAAGGAGGACAACAGUUACCACCAGCACUUCUCCAAGACGCAGGUGCAGUCAAUGCCGGCGAUGGAGACGUCAAAAACAGCGCCUGCUACCUCCCUGGCCGUCAAGUCCCCCACUGUGCCCAUCUCCUUCAAGGACGCCGCUGUUGCGAAACGGUUCGCCUCAAAGGCAAAGACUCAGAUCGCCAAGCGGAAGAAGAUGUCCCUGGUUAAGGAGAAGAAGGCGGCGCAGACCCUGAGUGCCAUCCUCUUCGCCUUCAUCAUCACUUGGACACCCUACAACAUCAUGGUGCUGGUGAACACCUUCUGUAACGACUGCAUUCCUGAGGCAUUAUGGGCGCUGGGCUACUGGCUCUGCUACGUGAACAGCACGGUGAACCCCAUGUGCUACGCCCUGUGCAACAAGACCUUCCGCACCACCUUCAAAAUGAUCCUGCUCUGCCAGUGGGACAAGAAAAGGAGAAACAAGCAGCAGUUUCUGCAGCGGCAGUCGGUUGUGUUCCGGAAGAAGCUGCCGGGCGACCCCUAAUAAACCUUUCUUGUGUUGCGUGUGGCUGCGCAUGAGCCAAAAGUCGGACU